AUGCGACUCGUCGAUUACUUUGUUGAAGUCGUUGCAGAUGCAGCAGCGCAGCAGAAGAAGUGCGAGCAUGUGAAGCGUCGAAUCGUAGUUCGGAUGCCAUUGACUGACCACGAGGACUUCGCUCUGCCCGAUGGGGUGCCAUUUUUUUGCAUUCCCGAGAGCAAAAUGGUGGCACAGAUGGCAGCGUAUGAGCGUAGACCCACGUUCUUGUCGUUCGUGCUGACGGGAGGGGAUGGCGCUCGUGCGUACGGCUUUGCGCUGCACUAUUUCCAACAUUGUGGGAAUGGAUCUGUUGUUGAAACUGCUUUGGGAUGGAGGCCGCGAGUGCUGUGCCUGAUAUCACAUCACCCGUUUUUUUCGCUUUUUAAAGAGAUUCUUAGCUGGAUGUGUCGAAGUCGACAUAGUACAACGGAAGAUUCAGCGGUGCAAAUGAAGAUUGCGCGUGCGUGCGAAGCGCACGGCUGGCUUCUCCCGCCGAGCAUCGUACAUCAUGCGUCCUUGUCACCGUAUGCUAGCUGCAGCAACAGCAGAAAGCUUGUCGGUCAAAAGCUUGACUUGAUGUUUGGUCGGAAUCGUGGUCAUUGCAACAAAAAGCUCGCGAUACGUGAAGAGCAGUAUCGUGUUCUUUCGAAGCUGCUGCAGUACACAAGUGAAUGUCUUUUGGGCAAAACUUUGCAUAUCAGGGCUCACGGACAGAGCCUGUUUCGCUACCAUGUGCAGCGAGGAAAAGCGGUGCACAUGGACGACUACUGCUUCAAGAUGCUGUUUCAGUGCUUGAGCCUGAAGAACGUCAUUUACGUUGUGAACUGUUUGCUUCUUGAACAGCGCGUGCUGGUCCAUUCAAGUUAUCAAGGCAGGCUUACACCGGUUUGCGAGGCACUGUCUACCCUGCUGUUUCCUUUUUGCUGGAAACACGUGUAUAUUCCAUUCCUGCCUGUAGAGCUGAUCGAAUAUCUGCAGGCACCCGUGCCGUACUUUAUCGGGCUACACACAAGUUCCUUAACUACUCGGGUAGAAUGUCCUCAAUCCGCUUCCGACGUAGUCAACGAAGUUGAACUGACAUUUGGGGAAGGACCGCUUGGAAUUACCUUUGAGCCGACGCAUCUUCGACUUCUAGCGGCCAGUAACUUCGAUUCCAAGCGCCAGCUAGCCGGGUCUGCAGUCGUCAAGUCACUGCCCAGACUGCUAAAUGGACUUGCAGGACCAGCGGAGUAUUCGGGGCUAGUAUCUACCGGAAGUUACCUCACCGGUAUAAAUGGUCAUUCCACGCUGGACAUGACGUUUGAGGAGACUAUCGAUUGCUUGCAGUGCACAAUCCGUCCAAUCCGCCUGCGGUUCUUGAAUGCGACGCUUCCACACAAGAAUGCUUGCAAUUUUGCCGAUCGACUGCAAGCUUUGUCGUUGGUAUCAGCAAUGCAGGCCACGUUGGAGAAUCACUCGCUACCGUGGGUGGAUACGCUGCGAGGAGCCUUCGCUGCUAUGUUCGCGAGUAUAUGUCGCGACUACCAACGGUACAUCAAUGCUCACCGCCAGGAAUCAAGUACUUGUGCCGUUGGCAGAAAGCAUGCACUCCCGACAACGCAAGAGUGCGAUCGCACCCGACGCCGCAUUCCAGCUCUUUCUUCGCCGACACAGUUUGACCACGAGUCUUUCUGUAAUGCGGUGCCCUCGAAUCGGCGAUUCCUGCUCGAGUUUACUCAAACUCAAUGCUUCGUAGACUUUGUGAACGAAAGUGUUAUCGACACGCAACCGCGCGCUGGAUCCACUUCCUACGCCCUAUUCCAUGAGUGUAUACAUCUCGUUCGCGAGUCCAGCGAUGCGAGGGCAGCCAUCUUGCUUUUGUUCGAGCGUGAUAAUUCACCAAUGGAGACAUCCGUGAUUGAUUUGUUUUAG